AUGAACAGCGUCGAGGAAGCGUGCACCGACAUGAAGCACAAGUACGACCAGUGCUUCAAUCACUGGUUUGCCGAGAAGUUCCUCAAGGGGGAUGGCUCCGGGGACCCGUGCACCGACCUCUUCAAGCGCUACCAGCAGUGCGUCCAGAAAGCCAUCAAGGAGAAGGAGAUUCCCAUUGAAGGACUGGAGUUCAUGGGCAAUGGCAAAGAAAAGUCUGAAGGCUCUUCUUGAUCUUUACAGUCACCUUAAAAUUGUACUUCUCUGAGGAACUCUGGAUUUUGUCAAUUAAGACUGUGAAGAGAGCCACUGAUUUGAGGAGGAAUUUACAGGGGAGUUUUAUUUCCUCCUCCUCGAUCUUUUUCUCUCGUAAAAGAUGAUGGACCAUCACUGCUUUGGGACAAUUUUCACAGCUUUGGCACCUUGAGAAACUCAGUAAGCUAAAACGGAAUUAUUUUUUGGGAUUAUGGUUGCAAUAACUUGAUCUGGAAUCAGCUUUAAAUAUAUACCUGUAUGUAAAUAAUGAUAAAUCUGUCAGCGUCGCCUGACCUUGAUUUAUGCUGCCAAAAGGACAUGAGGUAUACUCAACCUUGCCCUUGCCUUGGGGCACUGUUCACGGAUGUGAUUGAUUAGGACAUCUCUUUUUCUCUCAGGGAGCUAAUGGUCUGAAACGGGAUCGUGGUAACAGUUUCAAUCAAUGCUUGGGAGCAGUUUUAUUUUUUAUAUAUUCUAACGCUUACUACUGCUGAUGGGAAGUUAGCCCAGAGGAAGAAAACUUUUAACCCAAUUAACAUAGAGGUGUCAGAGCUCAGAUUAGCACUUGAAAGGUUGCAGUGAACACCAUGUCAGCUCUGUACAGCUCAGGAGUUCUGGUCCUUGAAGUAGCAAUGGAGGAAGCUAAAACAAAAUUAUUUAUUGGGAUUACAAUUAUAAAUUGUAAAGAUUGGCAAUUGCCAGUUUUAACUCAAGGUAAUGAAUUAAGUCAAAACCUGUCAUAAGAUGCCAAAAUGCCUCAUCUCGUUAAGUAGGGAGAGGGAAGAGUUUGUUUUGCUUUACUUGCCUCAUUUAUCCACUCUGCCCUGCCCUUGUAAUCAUAAAGAUGGAAUAAACUAACAUUUAUUUCUUAAAAAAAAAAAAAAAAAGAAUCGGGAACUGUUUGAGUAGAAGCUAUUUUCGCCCGUUUUGUGGAAUGUCGUUAUUGGGACUGAUAGAAAAGUCCAAACGAAAGUGAUCUGCUUUUGGCUAAUACAUUUUGACCAUGAUUGUCUAUGAGAGUACCUAUGGAGUGGGAAACCAAUAUACUCUCCCUCUUGCUCUUCCUCUGGCUCUUUCAUGUAUACUCACUUGUUCCAGGAAAUGGCCACUUUCCACCUAAAAGAAAUGGAAGGGUUGGGAAGGUAGGUCAAAGGACUAAAGCACCGCCUGGCAUGCACUAGUCCUCAGGUUAGUGUUGAGGUUCAAAAAGAAAGUAAUCAAUCCUCAGUACCACAUAGUCCCCUAAGCACAGAACUGGAAGUAUCCCCCAGCGUGGCUCAAAU